AUGGCGCGACUACGACGCGCAAUCAGCACCUUUGCGACUCAGCUAGCGAUUCAGUCCUCCCAGCAUCGUAUACGUAAUGCUGCACUGUGCACGUUUCUUCUGUGCGUCACUUGCAUCCUCACUUUCCUCGCAUCAAACAUUGCAAACUAUGUCGACUCGACACCGGCGCCACUCACGACCUUGUUUGCUGCAACAUUCAGCCCAAAUUGCUUCCCAACUUUCCUCCAUCACCCAGAUCCAUAUCUCGUCCUGGGAAUCCCCUCACCGCCGAUCUUCGAACACGGCGGAAUCCUUAACACGGCGGAUAUUGGCUUCCACGUAUACGAAGAGGCAAACAUCAUAGAGCGCGCAUACAAGAAAACCUUCAAGUGUUGGCAUGUAGACAGGCUCAUUAGGCACAAAGGGCUAUCAAUGGUAGAUAUGCGCAAGAUUAGCGGAUCAGAGGGCAUUUUGCUAGAUGCGCGGAACCGAGCGCUUGUCGUGGCGGAGAAAGGCGAGGGUCACUACCCAGCGUGGAUAUAUCCUCCUCGUAAAGGUCCCAUUCUGGAGACGAGAAGAUACCCAAGGGAAAGUGUUCAGUGGACAACAAGCAGCAUUACCAUCAAGAGAUCAGACUUUACAUUCCUGCGGGAAGUAGCAAAAGGCGAUGCAACCUCGAAUUCCUACGUGGACGACCAGAAGCCCACGUUUAGUUUCAAACAACCAAAAGAUUGUCCACCUUGCACGCCUGACCAUCUCAUUCGAACAUUCAUCGAAGGUGCUUUUACUCCUGCAUGGCAUCUACCGGCACAGCCAGCGUAUUGGCGACACAUUCCUUCAACAUGUGCACGAUGCGACUGGUCGACGAUUCAGGAAAGCUACACCUUUUUCUUCGGACCGUGGUCCUUCAAUUGGCAGGCCAUGACGUUGAAUUUCACAAACUUGGCAGCAGCGUCAGAAGAAGGCCGUCUACCACCACCUGGCCUUGCGCACGAAUUUUGGUGGACCAGGGACAUAGAUCCGCCCUAUCUCAACAAGGACGAUGAUACGCCAACGCAGUGCCGCAUCUUUCUGCAGCUUUUACGCAAGUAUAUGCUCUUCACUUUACGUACUGUUCAGCACACCAUCUUCGACACAGCCGAAGAAAGGGGCGUUGACAUCAAUCUCACGCAUGUAAGGAGUAGGAAUAAUAUUAGUAACACCGUUGAGUGGAGAUUAUGGCAGCAAGGCAGGACGGUAGGUAGUAAAUGGCUUCCCAAAGAUGCAGGACGAGAGUGGCCACAGGUUAUCCACCUGUUUGCCGAGCAACUAGCCAAGUACGGACGCAACACAACAGAAUGGAAGCCAUACAACUUUUGGGACAACUAUGAAAGAUAUUUGGCCAGAGAUAGUGCAAGGGAGGAGUGGAAGAAGGAGAGAAAGGAGAAGGCCACUAGGAAGAGGACGGACUAA